UGCUCUAGAGGAGACACAGAGAGAGACAGCCAGGGGAGCAAAGAGACAGCCAGAGGCAGAGGCUUGGAGGAAAAUUAGACUGCCGGCAGCCAGUGGGGACACGAAUAGUUAGAGACUGGUUCAUUUCAGACAUCUAGAGAGAAGCUGUUCUGGGGAGACAAUCAGACUGCUCAGCUGUGGAUGCAAGAAGACAGAAUGGAAGGGGAGAUAACAGACAGCUGCAGGCACCAGUAGGGAAGAGACGCCACAGUGUGCAGGCACCUGUGGAAUGCCAGCGGUCCAUUGACAGCACAGAAAUCAUGUGAGGGAGGUCACGUAUCAGAGGAGAGAGAAGGACAUCCCGAGAGAGAGAGCGGAGAGACUGCCUGAGAUUCGCUGUCUCUGUGCUAUAUUGUAUCAGGACCCGGCACAUCGAUCCCUCUCUGUGGCAGUGUCUCUGGAUAUGGUCACGUUGUCACUGCUAUGCACACUCAAGCCCCUUUGGCUUGAUGUGCCCCAAAAGUGUGUGAGGGAGCCCUGCCUGCGGCCCCACCACUGAUCUUGGUGAUGAUGCCGGCAGGAUGCCUUGGUUGCCAGUGAAGAAGAUCCGUAGGCAAUUUAAGCUGUUGCUCUUGCUGGUGCUACUUACCUCAGCUGUCUGGGUCACCUACCUGCAUAUCAGCCUAGCAAGACAGGGCAAAACACUAAGACUACCCUUCGUCUACAGUAGAGAUGGAGAAAAAGUCGAAGGAACAGAUCCUGCCCACAAACCAGUGAGAGUCCAGGCCUCUCCUCCUCACUUGCAGACAGGGGACUCUAGUGAAGAAAUACCCACGUUGGAUGCCCUGGGUUGGAGAAGAAGCCACAGAUUGCACCCCAGCCUUGAGGAGGCCAACCUUACUGACACCGCCUUGCCAUGGAAUGACAAGUACAAGGGUAAAGUGAAUCUUCACGUGUUUGAGGACUGGUGUGGUGGAUCUGUGCUACACCUGAAAACAAACCUGCAUUUUCCCCUGUACCCUCAUACUCGUACCACUGUCACCAAACUGGCAGUGUCACCCAAGUGGAAGAACUAUGGCCUAAGAAUAUUCGGGUACAUACACCCUUACAAGGAUGGUGAUUUUCAGUUUGCGGUGGCCUCAGAAGAUAACUCUGAGUUUUGGCUUGGCACAGACAACAGUCCAUCCAGUGCCCAGCUGGUAUCUUAUGUAGGAAAAGUUGGAUCCGAAUGGACAGCUCCGGGGGAAUUUACAAAGUAUAGCUCUCAAGUGUCCAAGCCUUACAGAUUGAUGAGUUCCCGACGUUAUUAUUUUGAGCUUCUACACAAGCAGGAUGAUAGAGGCUCCGAUCACGUGGAAGUAGCAUGGCGCUUGUCUCUACCAAGCACGAAGUUUGAGAUUCUGGACUCUUCACACUUGUCUCUAUACACAGAUGAAACUGCCUUCAAAAUGAAUGAGAUUGCUCACAUCCCACGCACCCUCUCCAGUGUGAUCAACCAUCGUUUGACCGGUGAGGAGCCUACAGUCGAUAUCUUAAGACAGGACCCCCGGGACACGUUCUAUAUCACUCCUAUGAUUGAAGAAUCCAGAGUGGAGAAUGUGCUGGUUCCCUGUGCAUACAACCCCACGUACGUGGUGAAGGAUUUUCCCAUUGCGCGUUACCAAGGCCUACAGUUUGUGUACCUUACUUUUGUGUACCCAAAUGACUUUACUCGUCUUACCCAUAUGGAAACUGAAAACAAAUGUUUCUAUCGAGAGUCCCCGAUAUACUUGGAGAAGUUUGGUUUCUAUAAAUAUAUGAAGAUGGAUGAUGAGGAUUCCCCCCAGAUGCCAUUCCUGUUUUUUAACCAUCAGCAUUUCAUGGAUGAAGAUGAGGAGGAGUCACUGUUGCCGGGCGCCUCACUGAAGAAAAAGAUCAGAGAAGAGGAGACCAUUGAUGCCAAUUCACCCAGCACUGUGGGUCAUGGGCACACCAAUAUCCCUUACAAUGAUUCUCUAGACUCUAUGCCUAUAAUAAAUGACAGCACAAGGGCCCCGUUAAGAACUCUGUUGUGGGCACCCAGGGAAAGCCCACCAUCUGUCCACCGGGGACAUAGGAAACCAUUAACACCAGGAAUUAAAUAUGAUCCAGAACCCACUGUGGGGAAAUCUACUUACAGAACAAAAGUCAGCAAAGAAAGUGAUAUUGCUCCUAGGACAAAAGGGAAGAAGUCUGAUAGUAGACCAAGGGUCAGAGGAAGAAAUAGACAUGAAAAGUUAGAGAAGCAAGUGUAUGUGAGAUCAGAAGCCACAGAGAAGCAGACUAAUCAAGACGCAAGGCCUAGUGAGGAAAGCAAAUUAGAGGUCAACACUAGAGAGGGAAAAGUAAAACAGAAAUCGAAGGACAAUGGGGUUGCAAAUAAAAAAGAGUCUGAUAAAGUGUAUGUGACACGUCUUCUCUCUGGAGUUCGAAAGACUCGAGGUCAUGUCUUCCCAGGGGUGUUGCUGCCUAAACCUAAACCCCGUAGAACAUCCAGACUUCGUGACCACUCUCAUAUCCCUACACCCCCAAAAGUUCCUCAUGGUGAAAGAUUUAGACCAUGGACUCCACCUGAUACCUCAGAACUUGGACUUUUCAGUUGGGAAGGCCAGACUGAAGUUCCUGGAAUACCCCUUCCUACCUCACCCAGUCUUCCUGGUGGCCCUCCCUCCCUCAGCUUGUCUUCAGAAGCCCCAGCAGAAGAAUUGCAGGACUAUAGUUAUGAGGAUGCCGAGCCACGGCAAGCCUGGCCUGAGGAUGCCAUCAAUUGGCAGCGUACUUUUAGUGUUGGAAAUGUAGAUUUUGAGAUGCUGAGGUCAGACUGGAAUGAUCUUCGCUGCAACGUGAGUGGUAACUUGCAACUCUCCGAAGCAGAAACUGUAGACGUGGUGGCUCAGUACAUGGAAAAACUCAAUGAGAAGAAUGGAGGCAUUUAUACUUUGCUUCGUAUAAUCAAUGUGGAGAAGCGGCGUGACUCUGCCAGAGGUAACAGAUACCUUAUAGAACUGGAACUGGAGGAACGGGGCCGGAGAAAAGUGAGACUGGCAGAGUACGUUUAUCUCCUGCUGCACCGUGGCACAGGUGGUGACAGUGAUGAAAGCCCUCCUGCUGAACCACCUGAAAUUUCUCCUAGUCCUUCCAUCUACAGUAAACCAAUCCUGUGCCGGCCUGUCAGUCUGACCUGGAAUCCUCGUGCUACUGUGCACUUUGUAGUGCCUGUAAAGAACCAGGCUCGCUGGGUUCAGCAGCUGAUCACCGACCUUGAGAACUUGUACUUGAAGACUCGCGAUGACCAGUUCAGCCUCAUUCUGGUGGAUUAUGACAGUGAGGAUAUGGAUGUAGAGCAGGCUUUGCGCCGUGCAAAAUUGCCAAGUUAUCAGUAUCUGAAGAAAAGUGGAAACUUUGAGCGGUCGGCAGGACUACAAGCGGGCGUGGAUACUAUACAGGACAAUCAUAGCAUAGUGUUCCUGUGUGACCUGCACAUACACUUCCCUCUCUCGGUUCUGGACAGUGUAAGGAAACAUUGCGUGGAGGGACGUCUGGCCUUCGCCCCCAUUGUAAUGAGGCUGAGCUGUGGCAGCUCUCCAUUGCACCCCAAAGGAUACUGGGAAGUCAAUGGCUUUGGCCUUUUUGGGAUUUACAAGUCAGAUUUUGAUCGUAUCGGAGGUAUGAAUACGGAGGAGUUUAAGGACCGCUGGGGAGGAGAAGAUUGGGAGCUGCUAGACAGGGUGUUGCAGAACGGGUUAGAGGUUGAGCGACUACGUCUGAGGAACUUCUUCCACUACUAUCACUCCAAGAGAGGCAUGUGGAACACGCAGAGCCAGGAAACUGCUGCCAAGGACUGAUGUAUGAAGAUGAGGGACUGUGAGCCUAGUCCACUUUGAGACCCCUCCCCUGGCUGGCUGUUAUGUUUAAUAACCAUGGUAUUGCCAGAGAAACCAGUAUAGUGUGGUCCCGCACAUUCCACCCACUGCAGGCUGCUCUGGUUGAGAUCUGAGUAGGCUUUGAUACUCCGCAGGAGAUGACUAAUGAGAACAACCAUCUAAAUGUUUCUACUUGAAAGGGGAUAAGAAUCCUCCAAGUUCUGCGUAAACUGCGCAGUGCUUCAUAGUGACAUGGUACGCUAUAGUUCAGAACUGCUGAUAAAUAGGCGUAAAACACUCAGGGUUCUGCUGCUGCCAGAAUGUGUUAUUAAUAGUGUUUGCAAUGGAGCAGACUAAUUGUGGAAAUAAUAUAAACAAAAUUGUACUUGCACUAGACACAGGUAAGAAUUCAGUUGCUGUUUGCUCUGUGCAGUAUCCAGCUGUGCUUGAAUCAAUCUGUAAUGCACUAUACAAACUGGCCACUAGGUGGCUCUGAAUGACACUCAUAGGAAAAUACCUUACGAUACAAACCUGCAUCAUUAGCGAUCAGUAAAUCUCACAGGAAACCAGUGACCUCAGGGUGUCACUGCAUUAUAGGUAAUAAACAGAGCAAGACGAAAGGGAAUUUAUUCAUAGCAGAAUGUUUAUGUCCUGUUUGUGCUAACAUCUACGUAUAUCUUACCAUGCUACACACUUGGCUAAUAACAGCGAUUGUAUAUUGUCUACCAAUGUGUCCCUACACUAAUUACAGCCAUUUACUGUAUGUAGGUCAUUGUACAAUAUUCAUAGCAAUAAUCUGAAUGACUAAUUCUUAGUUACCCCAUGAUAAAAUAACAAUUUAGUUUGUGGGUAUAGGAACGGUCAACACUAACAGGCAUUUUUUUUUAUAUAUUGUCUUCAGUCCAACUGAAAGCAAAACUAGAACUACUGAAAUGCACUUAAAUAAUAAUUCCUAAUUUAUAUAGCCCUUUUCUUCCAAUAGGACUCCCAGCACUUUACAUUAUUUCAGACGGUGAGGCAGCCAUCUUGGGUGUGAUCAUUUGCUGUUCUAUAUAAUUAAUCACAUCUGUUCUUACCCUAUUACAGCUUAAAUUGAUUUAGCUCGAUCCCUUGAUCAUGGUGCUGUGAGGUAGCAAUGGUAAAACUGCUGCCCCACCUGAUAUCCUUAUUUAUUAAGCAGUCCAGAAUACUUAUGCUAGAAAGGAAAAACUAUAUAUUUAUUAAAAGGUCACAAUGAGGUCUGCCAGUAGAUAUAUAAGCCAAAUUGUUCCUUUUGUAUUUAUGUGCCGGUUCUUAUAAAUGUGUCUUAUGGUGUGCUUGGAUGGAGGUGUCCAUUUCAGGAAGUGUUUUAGUGUCAUUUCACUAGACCUGGAACCAGCCUGCCUAAUGGGAAAAUGGAAAGGACAGGUCUGGCGUUCCAUGUAAACUCCCUCUAGGCGAGUCCCUUGUCAUCUCCUGCGUAGGUCCAGCCAUUCUCAGCAAUUACAAUGAUUUCUGUGAAAUUAAAAUGUAGCAAGAGGUUUUUAGAAGUUUUAAAUAUUUCUUUCUUUUUAAACUAAAAUAAAACGGUUUUCAGUUUGGCUUUUA